CCCACCCGCCCGCCCGGCUCCGCAUCCCGCCGCUGCCGCCACCUCGUCGUCUCCCAGCAUGGUCAUCAAGGUCUACAUCGCCUCCUCCUCCGGCUCCACGGCGAUUAAAAAGCAGCAGCAAGAUGUGUUAGGUUUCUUGGAAGCCAACAAAAUUGAAUUUGAGGAAAAGGAUAUCGCCGCCAAUGAGGAGAAUCGGAAAUGGAUGCGCGAGAACGUCCCUGAAGACAGCCGGCCAGCAAGCGGGAACCCCCUGCCGCCCCGGCUCUUCAACGACAGCCGGUACCUCGGGGACUACGAAGCUUUCUUUGAAGCGCGAGAGAACAAUGCAGUAUAUGCGUUUCUAGGCUUGACUGCACCACCUGGUUCAAAGGAAGCUGAAGCACUGGCAAAGCAGCAAGCAUGAAUUUCAACUGCCUUAAAUGUUCUGUAAAGGGAAUUUCCGCAGCUUUUUAUAAAAUAGUACAAUUGUCUCUGCUUCAAGAAAUAUAGAUGUGAUUUCUAACAUUUGAUUGGUGCUUGCAGCAUUCACCGUACAUAAUACAAAUUUGAACACAAGAUGAAAAUGUGAACAUAAAGGUAGAGAGCACGGUGUGUAUUAUUACAAAGUUGGAAGCAUAGGAAACUGAAGCAAUUAGACAUGAAUGAUUUUCACGUAGUUUAAACUGUCUUGGCAAUUCGUCCAUUUUGUGUAAACUUCAAGAAACUAUUUUAGUACUAAUAAUACAGAUGGGGUUAUACCUAGAGAUCCAACUAUUUAAAAUAUGGAAAACAAGCAACAGCAUCUAAAACCUUGUCAGAUACUAACUUCAGUGCCUGAGUUGCCUCAAAAAUGUUACUGAAUUACACAGUAAUUUUUCAGUGUCUUUUCCGGUUUCAGAUGAAAUUGUAGGUGGUAUUGUGUAGUAUAGCCAUUGUAGUCACUUUUGAAAGUUGUGUUUGUUCUUUUGUAGAAUGGUUAUUUAAGAUUUGUAUUGUAACACACUGUACAGAUGAUAAAAAAAAAUGCCAUGUAUUUCUCAUUUAAGUGAUCCGUGUGGGCUCUUUUGACAAAGAAAAAGGGAUUUGGGCAAUGGGCAGCCUUUCCAUUGGCAAGUGCAUCACACAGCUGCCUCGGCAUGGCUCGAUUACGUGUCUGUGCGCAAGAUUCAGCGCACCUCAGUGACGUAUGCGCUAAUUCCCAGGCAACCUUGCAAAUAAGCCAAAACGGCCAGAAAUGGCAUUUCCUUACCUGUGUAAGGGUGAAAGCCUUUAAUGUAUUUCUCUACAAAAAUACCAGUUCACACUGCUUAGAGCAUUAGGCAUCUUACUGCAUGUUCAAGUAGUCAUUAGAUUCAUAUCGUAUUUUUUCAAAUGAGGAAAUAAAUGUUUGAAUAGCAAGAACUAUUGUAAUUAAGCAAGACUUUUUUUUUUAAGGUUUAAAAACUUUUUUUCCAUUGUUACUGCCAUAUCAUGAAGCUAUUACAGGAAUUGCAAAUCUAUUAGUGUGUCUUGUAUUGGUGAAUUUACCACGUGCAAUAUUAACCUGUCUGUUCUCCCAGUGCUCAUGAGAUAGUCUGCAUUUCUUGGUCAUAUUCUGCAAAAAUACAAAUAAUUACAAAUGCCCUGAAGCAUAAGAAACAGGUUUUAAAAGCAUGUGGGUAAUUUAAAAUGCAUUUUGCACCACAUAAUGUACUUAUUCCCCAAAAGCAUCGAAAGACAGUAAGAAAGAUAAUUAGUCCUUGCUAUAGUUAGAGGAUCAUUCUAAUAGCUCUGCACAGACACAUUUUGAUUUUCUUUGCUUUAUGAAGACAGAGAAGCAGGUGGUACAGAUCAGCAAAAGGCUGCAGCACAUCGCCACGCGGUUAUUUUACACUGGUGCUGUAAAAUGUAUGCAGUGCUUUUAAAAUACUUUCUGAAACAGAUUACACUUCAUAGUUUUGAAGUCUGAAAUUAGGAACAGGAUAAAAGUAAACACUUAGGUUUACAAAGAUGUUCUAAAGUGCAGUAAUUAAAUACUUCCCUCACAAUUUCUUUGGGGCUUUUGUUCAGCUCACUAGAACUGAUGAUUUUGUCAACAUCUGUUAAAAGAGAAACGCAGCUAGUUGCUUUGGUUGGAGAGCAGCUCUGCGUCUAGACAGCUCAUGAUGAAACUUCCACAGACGUCCAAGUGAGCAGGAUCUAGCAUGGAGCCAAGUUAGUUAAAAUGACAUUUAAUUCUUGUUUUAUCUUUUCUGAUGUGGGAGCCUGGGAGUCGGUUUGAAGCUUGUGCUUACAAAAGCAAGCGCAGUAUCAAAAGGCAUCGGGAUAGAUUAAUGUUGCCUCACCUUCAAGAUUAACACACGCAUUUGUGCUUUUUCAUUAACAGGCAUUAUCAGUAAUUACUGAAAUUUUGUGAGAUUUAUUUUUAAGAUCUUUUGGGGAUGGAAGCUGGGUUACGUUUUAAAUCCAGCGUCUGAUUUUUGUCGUUCACUAUGAUUUCAUCUUUCUGAACCGAGGUGAUUUUUCUUUCUUAAUAUUGGCAUAAUCUUACUCUGUGUCUAAACUAGUGGUCAAGUUUUUGAGAAAGUAUGUAAGAAUACUAAGUGAAGUCUUGCGAAGAAAGUGGAAUUUGACACACAAGUCACUAUACUCAUGCCAAUUUGCUGCGUUUCCUGGGUAAGGAAAGUAUGGUGUAAGUUUUGUGAAUUACAGUCAUUAUUUUGGAGAAGCUGUAAUUGAAAGCCGCUGCCAAAUUCUGUCAGUUCAGCGACCCAAAACAUACUGAAACGAGGUCAACCUCUGUUUCUGACGGUCAAGAAAAUUGCCAAGUUUAAGAAAGCAAAGUCACUUCCCUCGUCUGGUCCCCCACCGUUGCCAUAUGGUAGCGUUCAAACUCUUAUCAGCAUUCCUAAGAAAGCUCUGUUGAGACAGACUGAAUUAUUUCUUUGUCUGGGGAACAAGGCACCAACACAAACUGAAGAAUACCGAAAAUAUCUCUUUGUUGUGGGACUGCGCGUAAAACUUGCAUUCAUUUUGAUGCAGAUACCUUGCACGAAUUUAGGAGUGCCAGGAAUCUGUUGCCUAUAUGCAUUUUCUGUUUCCAUACCUGUGCUACGUUAAUGAUGGGCACAAGAACUGAAUUUGCUCAUUUCUUUAUUUUGUUUUUCCUAUGUAGAAGGCAGGCGUUGAGGAUUUAACCUGUAUAUUAACCAUUCCUGUAUCAUUCCAAUAAAAUUGUUUUAGAAUGCUUUCUCACA